GGGAUACAUUUGCAUCAACAUCGUUGCGCGCGGCGACGACGCCAUUGGCAUGGACACCCCACUGGCUUCCCACGUAAAGCGUCAGCGCGUAGUGGCCGGUCGAGUUUGCGUCAACCCCAACGAAUCUAUCCACCCCCUCAACGAAACGGAGUUCCAAGCCCAUACACAACUGCGCCGCCUUCGCUACAUCCACCACAUUGAACAGUUUGUAGCGUCCCAAGCGUAUUUCAAAGCUGUGGAUUACCCCCCCGAGCCGAACGAAAACGAGUACAUGAAGAGAUAAGCGAUGAACGUCGGCCUUUAUAUUGCAA